ACAGCGUGCCGUGCGGUAAAGUCGGGAGUGUUCGUAAAACAACUGCGUGUUUCUCAAAUUACAAAAUGACGACAUACACGGAUAAGGGACCGAAGCCGGAAAAUGGUAAAUUUCUUAAUUUCGACCACAUAACGUUUUGGGUUGGAAAUGCGAAGCAGGCAGCAUCGUUUUACUGCACUAGGUUUGGCUUUGAACCGUUCGCUUAUAUGGGAUUGGAAACUGGAAGCCGAACCGUUGUGGCACAUGCUGUCAGACAAGGAGAUAUCAUAUUUGUCUUCAAAUCAGCUUUGGGACCAGGAAACAGAGAAAUGGGUGAACAUUUGGUGCAGCAUGGAGAUGGUGUAAAAGAUAUUGCAUUUAGUGUGGAAGAUUGUGGUGCUCUUGUUGAGAAAACUAAAGAGAAAGGCGGAAAAGUAAUCAGAGAUUGUUGGGAAGAGUCUGAUGAGCAUGGUUCUGUAAAAUUUGCUUUAGUUGCCACAUAUGGUGACACAACACAUCUAUUUGUGGAGAAAGCCCAGUACAAAGGAUUGUUUCUUCCUGGGUACAAACCGCCGAUUGGAGUUCCUGAUAAACUUCUUCCUAAAUUGCCCGAGAUUGAUCUCAAGUUUAUUGAUCACAUAGUUGGUAACCAGCCAAACAAUGAAAUGGAAAGCGUAGCAGAGUGGUAUGAGAAGAAUUUAAUGUUCCAUAGGUUCUGGUCUGUUGAUGACUCAGUAAUUCACACUGAAUACAGUUCACUGCGUUCUAUUGUUGUCACCAAUUAUGAAGAAACAAUCAAAAUGCCAAUUAAUGAACCUGCUCCAGGAAAAAGAAAAAGUCAGAUUCAGGAAUAUGUGGAAUAUUAUGGUGGAGCUGGAGUACAACAUAUUGCAUUAAAUACGUCUGACAUCAUUAAAUCGGUGGGAAAUUUAAAAGAACGUGGAACACCAUUUUUAGUCAUCCCUGACAGCUACUAUGAAAACUUGAAAGAACGUCUAAAUCAUUCAAAAACAAAGAUUAUUGAAGAUAUGGAUGUGCUUCGAAAACUGAAUAUUCUUGUUGAUUUUGAUGAGGAAGGCUACUUGUUACAGAUAUUUUCCAAACCAGUACAAGACAGACCAACUUUGUUUAUUGAAAUAAUCCAACGACACAACCAUAGUGGAUUUGGAGCUGGUAAUUUCAAGUCACUAUUUGAGGCGAUUGAACUUGACCAACAAGCCAGGGGCAAUUUGGUUGAAACUAGUGUGAACUUGAUAAAUGGAGACAAAAAGUAAAAAUAUUAUCAGUGUCCUGGAUACAAGCUACUGACCAAAUUUGUACAUAAAUUGUAUGGUGUGAAUUAACACUGCCUUCACAGAGAGAGGUUGCAUUCAUAGAUAGAUAGAUGAUUAUUAAACACAGUUUAAAAUAAUUGUGUUUUUGGUGAUCUUACCUCUGUGUAUAUAUUGUUUUCUUUUAAAUGGGAAAUGGGAUUUUGAAUUUUUUUAAUAACAUUGUUGAUCAAUCAAAUUCCUCGGUUAACUGUGUGAGUGUAAAUGUCCAUUCACCACCGCAAUAUACGUACUAAUUAAAUCAUGGUCAUGUGAUGAUUAUGGCAUAUUAAACCAGAAAUAUAAAUCAGAAAUAAUGUGUGUGCCAUAAUGAUCAAUGACCAUUAUUUAACUAAUUUGUUCCUUGACUGUCACAAAUUGGUGAAUUUCAACCAAUCAACUGAAUAAGUAUAGCUUAAAUUGUAGUUGAUUUGGUGCAGGUAUUUGAUACUUUGAUCUUGUAUACCAUGUAUUAACAAGGUUAUAGCAUAUAACCAUGACCAAUUCAAGACAGCCAUGGUACAAACCUCAAUAAAAUCAAGAUGCAGUAUUUACAGCGCUGUAAUACAGACAUUGUUGACAUGUCACAAAAAAAUGUGAUGAAAUUUAAUUUCAUGCAUGCUUUUAUGUGUGUCUUUUUCACAGAUUUCAGAUUGUAUGUGUUUUUAGAAGCUGUUAUUAGAAGCCUCAUGUUGCUCUGUCCAGUUUGUGUUACUGUGACAGGUAGGGCACCUCAGAGCGCAGGGUACCAUCCCUCCUUGCAGUUUUCAGCUAAAAAUAAUUUUUAAGUUUAGAGAUUGCGUUGUAGUACAGAAGUUACUGCUUAAGUCUGCGCAUGUUUUUAAAUAAAAUAAUACUCGUUUUGCUUCUAUAGCCAUUAAUGUACUGGUAAGCCACAAGACAAUCUUCUAGAUGACCCUGAAUUGACAUUGCUAACACACUCCUGUAUUUUAAGAGACUUUACAGGUCAUAACAGCUGAAUCUGAUUGAUGAGGGGGUUCUGGUUGGCCUAACACCGCCAGGAUAGUUCCAUUUAUAAACCAAACAUUUGGUUUGGGUCAAGGACAUUUUCCAUUUCCACACUAACAAAUGCUUCUUAAAAAUGCAUUUUUGUACUUUUGAAAAACUAAUAAAUUGGACAACAUUCUACUAUUUGGUGGCAAUCAAAUAUAAGAUAAACAUUAUGCAAAAAUGUUCUGUUUUUUAAGGAAUACUUGUUAAUUUAUUGCUGCUGUAGUUAGAAUAUGAUAUAUUUUAUUUUGUUUUUUUUUGAUGAUUUAUUAAAAUUUUUUAAAUGGUUUGCAGUGGAGAAAGUGCUAUAUAUUGUGUAUGUGUCACAAUUGGAAAUCAAACUAUGUGAUUAUUUGAAGAUUAAAUCGUAUGUUUUUUUGAUUCAGUAUAUGUGUUAUGGUUCUUGAUGAAACCUAUAUGUGAUUGAUAAAACAUAGUGGUGUAAUAUGUUUGACUGAAAGCAAUAAAAAUGACUUUACCUUG